CAGAUUAGAGAUUACUUUUCAAGAUGGCUGCGCCCAUGUUGAAAAUAGGCCGAAUUUUAUCGCCAAAUUUUCGCAGAAAAGUCAAGCUAACACCUGUCCUGUCCAAUCAACCUUUACAAUACGACCAAAGUAGAUACUUAUCUUCCAACAAUGCUGCUGUUAGAAAAGGAUUUGUUGGGAUGGUUGGCAGGACUCCAAUGGUUCGUCUCCAUAAGAUGAGUGAAGAAACAGGGUGUGACAUACUUGCAAAGGCAGAGUUUGCAAAUGGAGGAGGGUCAGUCAAAGACAGGGCAGCAUUGUAUCUCAUCAAGCAGGCCCAAGAGAAAGGGUUGAUUCGACCAGGUGGUACGGUUGUUGAAGGUACAGCUGGAAACACUGGUAUCGGUCUGGCUCACAUGUGUCUGGCUUUGGGAUACAAGUGUGUCAUUUUCAUGCCAGAUAAUCAGUCUCAGGAAAAGGUUGAGGCUCUAUUAGCUCUUGGUGCUGAUGUCCGACAGGUCCCAGUUGUGCCAUUUACAGACGAGAUGAACUACAACCAUCAGGCACACAGGUUUGCAGAUAGCAUAGAUAAUGCUGUGUGGACUGACCAGUUCGAUAAUCGUGCCAACAGACAAGCACACAUCGAAACAACCGGUCCUGAGAUCUGGCAGGAAACUGGUGGUAAAGUGAGCGCAGUCACGUUUGCGACAGGAUCAGGAGGAACGCUUGCAGGGGUGGGCAUCUAUCUGAAGGAGAAGAACCCAAGUAUCCAGGUCGUCCUUGCUGAUCCACCGGGUGCCGUACCUUACAACUGGUUCAAGCACGGCAAAAUGGAGAGAACGGAGGGAGGCUCAAUCUGUGAGGGCAUCGGCCAGGGCCGCAUAACCAAUAAUCUUGAAGGUGCUCCAGUGGAUGAUGCUUUGUUAGUGCCGGAUACUGAUUCUGUUAACAUGACCUUCCGAUUACUCCACCAGGAAGGAUUUUUUGUUGGUGCUUCAUCCGGCCUGAAUGUGUCAGCAGCUGUCAAGGUCGCUAAGAUGCUCGGACCUGGGCAUACUGUGGUCACAUGCUUGUGUGAUACUGGACAGAGAUACUUCAAGAAGCUUUUUAGCAAAAAGUUCCUCAUCAGUAAAGGACUCCUAGAUUCCGUACCAGAAGAAUACCAUCGAUCUCUCCAGGAGUGAUACAUGAGCUAAUAUGAUUGACUGUGAUUAUAACUUGAUUGGUCCGAUCAUGUAUGGAUUGUCAAUGCUGUGCUGGACUGUUUAUCAAGGCUGGCAGCCCAAACAGAGGAUAAUUUAAUGAAGUAGAAAUCAAGAUGUUUAUCUCCUAGCAGAUGGCAUUGGUUACAACCUCGAACAGCAUUGUUGGGGACUUUGACAACGUAAAUGCUGUAGGAGCAUGGAACUGAUGUAGGAUAUUUUUUACUUAAAGUAGAGAAUGUGAAAAAACGCCAUAGAAAUUGUCAUCAACGUGCAAUGUGUACCGAGAUGUUAAACUUUAUUAAUAUA